CGACUUCCGGUUCCGCGGGGGCCCGGAGGCCAGAUUGAGACUAAUGGCGGCGUCCAUGAAGCGGGCCACCGGGGGCGUUGAGGAGGCCUCGGCGGAAAAGGAACAGCGAGCUCUGGAACCCGGGGCCGCCCCAUUCGGAAAUUUUCCUCAUUAUUCCCGGUUCCACCCUCCAGAGCAACGACUCCUCCUCUUGCCCCCAGAGCUACUUCACCGGCUCUUCCCUCAGAGUCCCGAGACGAGGCCGAUCCUGGGGCUCGACGUGGGGUGUAACUCCGGGGAUCUGAGUGUGGCUCUAUACAAACAUUUCCUUUCCCUACACGAUGGGGAGACCUGCUCAGAUGCCUCAAAAGAACUCCAUCUCCUCUGCUGCGACAUAGAUCCAGUCCUGGUGGAGCGAGCUGAAAAAGAAUGCCCUUUUCCUGAUGGCUUGACCUUUAUCACCCUGGACUUCAUGAAUCAGAGGACCCGGAAAAUUCUCUUGGGCUCUUUCUUAAGCCAGUUUGGACGUUCGGUUUUUGAUAUUGGCUUCUGCAUGUCAGUAACCAUGUGGAUUCAUCUGAACCAUGGGGACCAAGGCCUGUGGGAGUUUCUGGCCCACCUUUCUUCCCUAUGCCGCUACCUGCUUGUGGAACCACAGCCCUGGAAGUGUUACCGGGCAGCUGCAAGGCGUCUCCGGAAACUAGGCCUCCAUGAUUUUGACCACUUCCACUCUCUUGCCAUCCGAGGUGAUAUGGCCAAUCAGAUUGUGCAGAUCUUGACCCAGGACCAUGGCAUGGAAUUAGUAUGCUGCUUUGGCAACACCAGCUGGGACCGAAGCCUUCUCCUCUUCAGGGCAAAACAAACAACAGCGACUCAUUCAUCCCCUGAUUCACUGAUAGAAGAGGGGAAAGAAAGGAACAGAUUAAGAUUCUGGAGACAGUGAGAUGAGAGGGUGGGAAGACCAGGAUACAGAUAUUGAAGGAGUUUUAUACUAAGAAUUAAGUUCACUCUCCUUAAAUCUUGGUAGUUAGGCAGCCUCAAAACCUGGCAGAAGCUUUUAAAAUGUCCAAGACAUGCAAUGAAAAGAAUCAGUAUCUGUUCCCCAUUUGGGGGAAUGAUCCUCGAGGAAAAUAUUUCUGUGGAGCAGUGAUCUGGGCUAUCUGGAAUGAGAUGGCCUAGAGAAAGUGAUCCUGGUUCUGGGAUAUGGAAGGGGCUGCUUUUAGUGGUUAUUUAGGAAGACUUAGACCAGGUUGGCCUUAGAAUGUAUUCAUUCCCUGAACUCCUUGAAUCUGAUCUGCCUUCAGGCUUCUGGACUUAUUCUGUGGGUCAAAGUCUCACAAUACAAUCUGGAAUGAAAAGUCACUGGCUUGGCUAAAGGAGAGCAUUGGUAGGAAAAACAUCUUUCCAGAGCAGGCCAAGUUUCCAACAUGCCCAGGCUGAGCACAGCAGUUACAUAUACAGAACUAGCUAAGACGCAUUGACUGGCACUUAAAAGAUGUUUUAAAGAUUUAAAUUAUGAACUCAAAAUCCAACUGGUACAAAUGAAAUGAAUGAAGUGGAACUGUAUACAGAAUAUACAGUUAUAUUUUAUAUAUAAUAAAAGUGACUGGAGUAUGGUUGAGAA